UCUUCACACUUCUAUCUAACACCAUACAUAAUGUCUUCCCAGGUUGUUCUAUACGAUCUCCCCAGCAAGCAAGGAACCGCUUGGUCUCUGAACCCAUGGAAAACCCGCAUGAUUUUGAACUACAAAGGCAUCGACUACAAGACCGAAUGGGUUGAAUAUCCCGAUCUCGCUCCCACAUUCAAGUCUUUCGGGCUCCCGCCCACCGACAAAAACGCACCUGGCUACUUUACCGACUACAGCAGUCCUGCAAUCAAAUAUGAGGACGAAAAAUACGAAAUGGACUCUUGGCCAAUUGCGCGAUCUUUGGAGACCCGCUACCCGGAGCCAUCCCUCCAACUCGACGACCCCAUCAAUGUCAAGAUUCGCGAUUACAUUGAGAAGUUGAUGGGCCCAAUUGUACCACAUGCAAUCCCCAAAGUGGUAUAUUUACUAAACGAGCGAUCUGCGACCUACUUCAAUGAGACUCGUGAGAAGAUAUUCGGUGCGCCGCUAUCGGAGAUUGAGAAGUCGGCCAACGAGGAGCACUGGGAACAGGCAAAAGCGCCCGCAAAAGCGGUCGGCGAUAUGCUGAGGGAGCACGAAGGUCCUUUCUUCUUGGGAGAGAAGGUAUCUUACGCCGAUUUCAUUUUCGUUUCCCUGCUGCAAAUGAUGAAGCGUAUCAACAAGGAGGGUUUGUUUGAUAGAUAUAUGGCUCUUGAUCCUGCAUUCCCCAAGAUUUUCGACGCAUGCAAGCCAUGGCUGGAGAAGGAGACUUAGGAAGAUAUAUAUACCCUAGAAAAUAAAAUAUGGGGUUGGGGAAUGGAUGCCAUACCACAGUGGCGCGUGUAUUUGCAAUCAAAUGAAAAGUACACCGUAGAUCUACCAAGCCAUUCCAUCUUUUAUAAUACCAAGUGUUCGUGCCGC